AAAGAUCGAGGCACAUUUGAGGCCAUUGUCGCCAUUCAUGCCCAUUUAGAUGAUGAUCGUAGUGGUAAUGUCGAUAUUAACGAAACACAAGAGUUUCUACGCCAAGAAUUACACUUGCAAAAUGACCAUGAUCGAGAAGAAACAUUGCAUGCCAAUGAUAAAUUUAUCUCGGUUGAAGAUUUAUGGAAUUCUUGGACUAAAAAUGAAGCACGAAACUGGUCAAGCGAUGAUGUUAUCUUUUGGCUUGAAUGGUCAAUUGGUCUACCGGAAUAUUCCAAUAUUUUUGAAGAAAAACGAAUUAAUGGUAGCCAUUUACCAGCGCUAGCUACAAAUCAUCAUAGUAUAAUUACGUCGAUAUUGGGAAUAAAAGAUUUACAUCAUCGUCAAAAAAUUACCCUUCGUGCUAUGGAUGUCGUUUUAUUCGGACCA